ACAUCUACUGCUGGAUUUCACCAGGAUCCCCCAGAUCAUCUUACACCGGAUAGACUGCCUGCAGGAUUAUAUUGGAAAACAGGAGGAUUUCUAUGACCAGCAGCUCUGUGGACAGGAGAGGAAUUCCAGUUUGGACCAAGAGGAACCAGAACCUCUGCAGAUAAAAGAAGAGCAGAAAGAACCAGAACAUCCCUGGACUAAAGAGGAAACCAUGGAGCUCCCCAUAGGUGAGCAGGAAGAGCAGCUUGUUCUGAAGAAGGAGACUGAAGAUACAAACGAGGAAUAUUUCCCAUGUUUGACAUGUGGAGAAAACCUUCCAAAUAAAGAACAUUUUAUAGAUCACAAGAGCACUCACUCAGGCAAGAAGACUAAGGAAUGCCUGUCCUGUGGGAAAAACUUUUCUCAGAAGUCAAAUCUUGUUACACACGUCAGACUUCCUACAGACCGCCUACAGGAGUAUGUGGGAAAAGAGGAGGAUUUCUCUGACUGUCAGCUCUGUGAACAAGACAGAAAUUCCAGUUUGGACCAAGAGGAACCAGAACCUCUACAAAUGAAAGAAGAGCAGGAAGAGCCAGAAUAUCUUUGGACAACAGAGGAAACCAUGGAGCUCCCCAUAAGUGAGCACAAAGAGCAGCUUGUUCUGAAGCAAGAGACUGAAGAUACAGGAGAGAAACCUUUCACAUGUUUGACAUGUGGAGAAAACUUUCUUAAAAAAGAACAUUUAAUGGAUCACACGAGAAAUCACGCAGAUCAGAAGAUUUAUGAAUGUCUGUUCUGUCAAAAAAGCUUCACAAAAAAAUCUCAUCUUAAUAGACACAUCAGAAUUCACACUGGCGAGCAGCCUUUCUCCUGUACAAUUUGUGGCAAAAGUUUCACUCAGAAAGAACAUUUGGCUUGUCAUAUGACAUCUCACUCAUAUGAAAGACAUUUUUCUUGUAUGACAUGUGGAAAAAGCUUCACUCAGAAAUCUAGUCUUGGUAGACACAUCCGAACUCAUAUAGGUGAGAAGCCUUUCUCCUGUACAAUUUGUGGCAAAAGGUUUUCUGUAAAAAAUAGUUUAACUGAACACAUGAACACUCACACGGGUAAGAAGCCUUUGGAAUGUGUGUUAUGUGGAAGAAGCUUCAUGAAUAAAUCUCAUCUUAAAAGACACAUCCAAAUUCACACUGGUGACCAGCCGUUCUCCUGUACAGUUUGUGGCAAAGGUUUUACUCAAAAAGUUCAUUUGACUUGUCACCUGACAACUCACUCAGAAGAAAGACCUUUUACUUGUGUGACCUGUGGAAAAAGCUUCUCUCAGAAAGCUACUCUUGAUGCGCACCUCAGAAUUCACACAGGUGAGAAGCCUUUCUCCUGCACUAUUUGUGGUAAAAGUUUUACUGUAAAAAGUAGUUUGAAUAAACACAUGACAACUCAUAUGAGAAACAUUUUUCAUCCAUGACACAUGAAACUAAUGAUCUAAAAAAGAGAUUUGUUGUUUCGCAUAAAAAGUCACAGCUGUUAGACACCACAGGCAUGAACAGUAGAGGCCUUUUCCAUGUUUGACUGGUGAGAAAAUGUCCAUGUAGAAACCCCUUACCUCAUUAAAUGAGAAAAUCCCAGUUUAUAAACCCUUUUCUGGCUAAGUUUUUGGGAAAACCUUUAAUUAAGAGAAGAAUGUGUCAUCUAAGUUAUACAAAUAUUUUUCGCUGAGGUGGAUGUUUCCCAUUUAUGUAAUCACUCCCAGAUUGAUGUACCAAGCUGAAAUAAAACCCACAUGGAUCCUAAAAUGUCUAUGGUGUUAUAUAAGUCAAACAGGGGCUGCUCAGUAGAGAAGUGGGUAGCACUGCUG